AAAUAAAUAUGGUGUGUUAAGCAUUGCCGGGGAUUUCAAAUAUAGUGGUACAAUUAAGGGAAUACAGACGCCAUCCCUCUCCAUACACUUCGGCAAAGACGUCAAUAAAAUCAACAAUCUGUUGAGCAGAGUCAUUUACACUGGUACUGUGUAUCGUAUUGAUGUGUAUGACACGAUUGAAGUCUCGUUCGACCAUUUCACAUUUGAUAUUGCUAUUCACAUUAAACGUCAACCAUUACCAGAUCGCAUCGAUCCAGGCGAAUCCGGGAGCAUUGGUGAUAAAAUUACAGUGAUUAUGAAAACAUUUGAACGACCAGAGUUAGUUAAACCGUUCGUGGACGCCGUUCAUAGUUUCUAUCCAAAUAUGACUAUCAUCAUUGCAGACGAUUCACAAAAUCCAGUGCCGUUUCAAAAAGAUCGUGUUAAAUACUAUACAAUGAAUUUCAGGGAUGGCACAUAUCCGGGAAUAAACUUAGCGUUGUCACAAGUUGAUACCAAGUACGUACUCUAUUCCGAUGAUGAUUUCGUCUUCACGAAAGAAACUCGUUUAGAACUGAUGCUCGAAAAACUUGAAGACCCCUGUGCAAACGUUGACAUUGUCGUUGCAGAUGUUAUCGGACUUCCCCGUCUUGGUCCUCUGUGGCGUGUAGGCUACAACGAGAGCGGAAAAUGUAUCAUGGGCGUUCGCACUGUACGUCCAAAAUACGUGGCAGUUCCCGGCUACCCACAGUGUGUCCAUGGGGAUUUUUUUGAAAACUUCCUUCUAUCCAAAAUUGUUUUACUUCGUAAAAUCGGGUUUUAUCCUCCCAUCAGAACAUCUACUCAUUUAGAAUUCUGGACAAACUCCAUUGGAAAGGCACACAUUGCGCGAUGCGAUGACGUCACCGUUGCUCAUAACCAUGUACAUAACCCAGUGUAUGACAAAUACCGAAAUGAGGUCUACAGCCUAGCGAAGAAAGGAAAUCCGGCGCCUUUAUUUGAGAACGAUCUGUGUUACGAUUUGAGAGGAGACUUUGGGGGCAAAUCGAGACGCGACAUUCAAGGAUGA